AUGUUACUAUUUGGCGGUCCUCAGCAACUUCGGCUGUCUUGUGACAGAUGCCAUAAGAGAAAGCAGCGCUGCACUCGCACCGCAGCCAGCGACCAAAAUCCCUGUCGUCGCUGCAAAGAAGCAGGUGAAAAGUGUGUCUUUAGUCCUCCUCUCCGGCUGGGCCGGCCCAGCAAACGGCAGAAGCAAGAAGGCAAGCUCGAAGAGCCCAGCUACAGAGGUCAAGAGGGCAGCUUCUUGGCAAUUUCGAACCAAGACCUGUCAGGAACAAAUACAACAGAAACAACAGCGACAUCUACAACUACACAAGACGAGAAUAUCUUGGGCCUGGAGACUUCCUCGCCGUUUUCCAUUGAUGGUAUGGGAGAGAUGGAAAGCUCUUCUGCGGGCCAGCACGAGCUUGCGUGUACCGCCUCUUUGAUGAAUCACAAUAUUGUGGCAAAGACUUUUGAAGUCUGGCCACUGCCUCUAGAUAAUUACACCGACCCGACAAUAUCAGUCACCCCGCCCGGCCUGUUCCGUGCAUCAUCUACAAUCUACAACGACGAAACGUGGUCUGAUCUAUUCGACGACAAAGCACACUCGGAGCCUCCAACCUCUUCCCACAUAGACCCGCUAGAUCCAUCUCUGAUGAUGUUGCCUGGAGCCUCGGCCAGCGACUCUGCGAUAGGAUCAAUAGACCACUGCCCUUCCGACAUAGCAGAAUCACCAAUCAUGGACCCGAUAUCAAUGCUUUCACAAAUCCAACUAAAACUCCACGGGAUUCAAACUCGGAGACCGCCCCACGCAGCUGAGCUUCAGAUCAUUGUGAACCAAACUGUGCAAAUUGCCCAGAAGUUCAUGGAGGUCUUGAAUCAGGUCCUGCCACCACGCACAACCGAUUCUAGUCCAGCAUCCGUUCAGCACAGGCAGCACAUAACGAGGGGUGCAUCCAUCUCAUCCAACGAAGAGUCUCCGUUUCACCUAGAAUGGAAUAGACGGCAGCAGCAGCAGCAACCGCAACAACAAUAUGCGUCAGCAGGCACUGUGGACACGGUGGAAAUCCGAUUGGCACUUAUUUGCUACAUACAAAUCCUCCGUAGCUACAAAAACCUUGUGCAUAUGCUAGACAACUCCAUGUCCACGGCUGACGCACAACAAUACGACCUCACAGACUUUGUGCCUGUCCAGAUCGGGAGCUUGCAUACGGUGGUCAGCCCACGAUUGCAAAUUGGGCUGUUAGUGCAGUUGAUCUCGCAGCACACUGAGGAGAUCAGGCACAAGACUCGCCAAUUGGCAACGAGAGUCGAAACUCGGUCCAACAUGGACCCGAGCCUGAAUAAUAUUAUUGGCAAGGAUAUUCGGGGCGAGGAAGAAGACCUCCGGGACAGACUAGACUCGAUAUCAGAGAGGCUGAAGAUGCAUUCGCAGUUUCAGGACCACCGGAGCCUCGACCGAUAA